AUGGCGGAGCCGGGGCUGGAGCCGGAGCGGGGCCGGGAGCCGGUGACGGCCGAGGCGGUGCUGAGGGAGCUGCGGCUCUUCGAGCUGCGCUGCCAGGGCGAGGAAGUGCCCGACAAGCUGGUGGAGCUGUGCCUGAGCCACGGGCUGGGCCCGGUGGCCUUGGCCAACGAGCUGCUGGCCUUCAUCACCAGCAAGGACCUCGAGCCCCAGCUCACCCCGGAGGGCCUGGACGCCUUCGAGCACGAGGUGCUGGCCAAGCGCGGCCGCCGCGGCCGGGACGAGCGCCGGGGGCUCCUCCACGACAUCCACUCGCUGCAGGAGCUCCUCACCGAGGAGCAGGAGGACGAGCUGCUGGACGCCUACACCACCCCAUCCAAGGGCUCCCAGAAACGCAGCAAUUCCACACCGGAGACGCCCCGGCCCAAGCGGGCGCUGUCGUCCCGCAGCCCCUACGGGCUCUUCUCCCCCGGCAGCUUCUCCCCGAGCGUCACCCCCUCCCAGAAAUACUCGUCCCGUGGGGGCCGGGGCGAGGUCGUGGCCUCGUUUGGCUCCGUCCAGGGCCUGGCCUGGCGCGGCCACGGCGGCUGCACCGUCAAACUCUUCGGGGGCCCCGAGCAGAACCUCACCAAACCCUACAAAUUCAUGUUCCAGAAGGCGCUGGACGUCCGGGAAGCGCUGGCCGGGCGGGUGGAGGAGCUCGGGGAGGUUCUGAGGAGGCACCACGGCCUGGACGGCUUCAGCUCGACCGCGCUGCCCGCUCAGGAGCCGGUGACGGUGCUGGGGCAGAUCAGCUGUGACGGGAACGGGAAGCUCAACGCCCGCUCCGUGCUGCUGGUGGGGGACAGGGAGCACUCGGGGGGCGCCCAGAUCCCGCUGGACCUCUCGGAGCUGCCGGAAUAUUCCCUGUUCCCAGGACAGGUGGUGGCUCUGGAAGGCACCAACAGCACGGGCAGGAGGAUGGUGGUGACCAAACUCUACGAGGGGGUCCCGCUGCCCUUCCACACCCCCACGGAGCCCAUGGCAGGGCAGAGGAUGGUGCUGGUGGCCUGUGGCCCCUUCACGCCCUCGGACGGCGUCGCCUUCGAGCCCCUCAGUGACCUCCUGGACGUGGUGGCCCGCGACCGCCCCGACGUUUGCAUCCUGCUUGGGCCGUUCCUGGACGCCAAACACGAGCAGGUGGAGAGCUGCCAACUCCUGAGCUCCUUCUCCGACAUUUUCCAGCUCUGCCUCAGGACCAUCAUCGAGGGCACCAGGAGUUCUGGCUGCCAGCUGGUCCUGGUGCCCUCGCUCCGCGACGUCUCCCACGAUUUCGUGUAUCCGCAGCCUCCCUUCCCCUGCCCGGACCUGCCCAAGGAGGACAGAGCGCGCGUGCUCCUGGUGUCCGAGCCCUGCACCCUGGACAUCGACGGCGUCGUCUUCGGCCUCACCUCCACCGACCUCCUCUUCCACAUGGGGGCUGAGGAGAUCAGCAGCUCCUCGGGGAUCUCCGAUCGCUUCACGCGGAUCCUGCGGCACAUCCUGACCCAGCGCUGUUUUUACCCGCUGUUCCCGCCCUCGGAGGAGCUGAACGUUCACCUGGAGGCGCUGCCGGCGCUGCCGGUGACCCCGGACGUGCUGGUGACGCCCUCGGAGCUGCGCUUCUUCCUCAAGGACGUCCUGGGCUGUGUCUGCAUCAAUCCCGGGCGUCUGACCAAGGGCCGGGCCGGGGGCACCUACGGGCGGCUGCUGCUGCGGAGAGAGCGGCACCGGGAGAACCCCGGGGAGAAUAAUUCCAGGGACAAUCCUGGGGAGAAUAAUUCCGGGGAGAAUCCAGAGGAGAAUCCUGGGAACAGCGCCGGGAACAAUCCCAGGGAUAAUUCCGGGGCCGUUCCCGGGGCUGAGCCCCGGAGCAGCCCCUGCGUGGCCGCCCAGGUGGUGAGGAUCUGAGCUGGCUCCGGGCAGGAGCGGGAACUGGGGAGAAACUCCUGGAAUUGGGGAGAAAACUCCUGGAAUU